AUGGGAAAGGGUGACGUUGUCCGCCGCGUCAGCCUCCCUGGGAGCGCGACAUCAAGCGAAAGGGCAAGUAGUGAGAAAGGGAACACGGCUGUGUCGCCCGCAGAUCCACCGACGCUGGUGGCGUCAUUGGUGAUUCCGCUUACCCCGAGAUAUGACAGCGGUCGGCUCCUGCCGACACUCGCGCGUUUCCGCAUCUGGUUCAGCCACCUCCGUGAGGUGUUUGGCUUGCAAUUCUUCGUGGUCGUGAGCAUGGUAUACUUUGUCCAGGGCUUUGGCAGCUUCAACGGUCUCGCCGUAUCCUUCCUCAUGAAAGUCACGUUGCAUAUGCUGCCCGUGGAAUCGCAGGCGAUCUUGACCACGGCAGCGUUUCCGUGGUCAAUCAAGCCUGUGUUUGGCAUCCUCUCGGACAGCCUCCCACUCUGCGGCUUUCGCCGUAAGUCCUACCUCAUCGCCAUCAACUUCCUCGGGUGCCUCGCCACGCUUCUCCUCCACGACGUCCAGGCCGUCAUGGCUGACGUUCCUCCUUCUGUGUACUCGAUUGGCCACCGCGAUGAGUGA